AUGGAGAAAGUGGAGGAGGGGUAUCAUACAAUUCAUUUAUGGAAAGGAAAAGUGAUAGAAGAAAAAGAAAUAACAUAUUAUAUAUAUAACGAUAUGGAAAUAUUACAAAUUGGAAGGCAAGUACCUAUUAUUUUAAGAAAGGCAUAUCUUAAAUUACAUCCAGAAGUUAAAGGAAUGAAAGAAGAAGAAAUGAAAUUAAGUUUUGAAAUUGUAUUUGAUAAAGAAUAUUAUUUUGUUUGUAAAGAUAAGUGUGAGUAUUGGUAUUGGAUUAAUAAAUUAUCUUAUUUUACUCAUAAUAUUGGUGUUCUUGGAUUUCCUUUAUUAGUUGCUAUAAGAAAAAGUGGAUGGAGAGUUCCUAAUCCAAUUUAUAGAUGUAUUGAAUAUCUUGAACAUAAUAAUGGUAUUAACGUUGAAGGAAUUUUUCGAAUGAAUGGAAAUGCUAAGGACAUUGAUAGAAUAAAAGACCUUGUUGAACAUGAUCAAGAUAUUCAAUUUACUCAAGAAGAUGAUUGUUUUAUUGCUGCUUCAUUUAUGAAAUUAUAUUUAAGAGAAAUGCUAGAACCAUUAAUUCCAUUCAAUUUAUAUGAACAAUUUAUUCAAUUACCUAAAGGAGGUUCUAAUAUAAAACAGUUUAUCUGUCAAUUACCUGAAGCAAAUCAAGAUACUUUAUGGUUUAUUCUUCAAUUUUUAAAGAAAGUUAUUCAUAACUCUGAAAAAAAUAAAAUGAAUGCAUACAAUCUCUCUACUUGUAUUGCUCUUACUGUUUGUUCUCCUCAAUUAACAAAAUCAAUUGACCAAAUUGAAUAUACACUUGGAGCAGUUGAAUCUUUUAGUUUCUUAUUAACUCAUUUUGAUGAAAUGUUUUGUGAAAUUGAAAAGAGAAACAUGAAUAAAGGAAUGACUUUACCAACAUUCCCUGCAUUCUCUCCUACUUGUGUUGACUUAUCUUCUAUAGCACAAAUAAUUAGAAAUGACAUAAAAAAAGGAUUUCGUUCUUCUUAUAAGAAACCUUCUUCUGGAUUUUCUUCUCCAAUUGCAUAUUCUCCAAGAGGAGAAGAUAUACAAGGAGAACAUCAAUUUAAUUUUAAUCGUGGAAAUUCACCACCUCUAAGUCCACCACUUAAAAAUGAUUUAAAAUUGUCAAAAACUAGUUUUUUACAUCAUUCAAAUAGAUCAAGAGCUUCUUGUGGGGAUAUUCUUGAAAUUUUAAGUCAAGAAAAUAAUACAAAGAAAAAAACUGAUUCGGCACUAAUCACUUCUUCACAAAAACAAAUAGAUACUACUAUUCCUGGAAAAAUAUGUCGUUCUGAUCCCUUCUUUAUGAAUCCAGACCUACGCCAAAAAGUAAUCGGACCAAUUAAAUCUCCUUUUGAUAAAUAUAAUGGUGAUGUAAUUUCAAAACAACCAUCUAUGUAA